AUGAAUAAUUUAUUUUUAAAGCAAAUCGAAGCAGAGAUUCAGCAAAGCAAAAGUAAUGGGGUGUCUUAUCAUUGUUUGAACAAUGAUCAUGAGCAAAAUCAACACCUUUAUUCUUUAAUAAAUUUGCUGUAUCGAUAUGAUGUUGAAUAUGAAGAUAGUGAAAAGGCUCAAGUUGAUAAUGAUAUACCAAAACUAAAGGUAUUAUUAUCAGAUUUCAUUGGUCAAGCAGAUCUGUCAGCUGAAGACAAUGAGUAUUUCUACAGACACAACCGAUCAAUAUUCAAUGUUAGACUUUUAAAAUACCUAAAGACAAUCUGUGAUGGUAAUCUCUGUAACUUCUUGUUGAAUCUAUUAUAUAAUAGUUGUGGUAGUAGUACUAGUAGUAAUACCGUCAUCAACCGAAAUAGUCUAACGGAACACUAUUCGAUGGUGAACCAAUCAAUGCCAAUAGAAUCAAUUGUAAUCUCAGAGCUAAUCAAAAAUGGUGAUUCUAAAAUCAGUGACCAAUCAAAGUAUCCAUUAAUGCUUGCCAUCAUCACAGAGAAUCCAUCAAAAGUUACCGAUCUAUCAACACAUUUACAAGAUCUAUUAUCAUUGGAAAGACAUAACAACGAUAUUUCACUGUCAUUGUUAUUCGAAUCAUUUAGUUUCCUAUCGGAGCGCUAUAUCUUUGAGCGAUCACUUACAAAUGUUGAUACCCAAUCAAUAUUAAACUAUUUGAAUCGUUUGGAUAACCAAACUUUGAUUCAAUUAGGUUCUCUUCUUACAGAAUGCAUUGUGUUCAGGAGAUUAGAGACAAUCUCGUUAUUGUCAGUGUAUCCAUCAAAGUCGUUGGAAAUUCCAUACACUUUGGAAUGUACUCUCUCUGCUGGAGCAACUGAUAUCAAAGAACAACUUGUUCAAAAGAGAGUAGAACCUACACUCCAACCUUUGGUUAUCAAAUCCUUAGCUUUACUAUCUUCUCGUCGAGGAGGUGUCUUUUAUAAAAUGUUUUGGAGUUCACUUCUCUCUAUGGAUUCAUUAGAUUGCCAGUCGAUUGUUUGCAUCAUCAAAUCAUAUCUCUAUGUAUUCCAACACACAUUCAUCCCAGAGGAUUAUCUUCAGUUCCUCAGUAGUCGACUACCUAUACAAUCAGUAACACCAUACAUAGGGUGUAGAAAUAUUAGAAAACUAGAAAAGCUAACCAAUUCCAGCAUUAUCAACUACAGUUCCAUCAUUAUCAGCAACAACAAUCGGAAUAGUAAUAAUCUUAGUAAUCUUAUUAUAAAGGAAAUAAUUAGUUUGGCUAUUCAUCAUAAAUAUUCAACAUCGAAAUGGAUAGUAGAGUUAUCAACUGUUUCAAAGUUAAUGCACUCUUGGUGUUCAUCGAUUCUAUCAAGUAGCCCGAUUCCUUCCAUCCAUAUAUUAAGUGAAAUCAACAUAGGAAAAACAUAUUGUCUAUUCAAGAAUGCACCACUCCACCUCAGAAACACAGAGUUUGUCUUCAUCCCAGAGAAGUACAAACAAGCCUGUCUUGUUGCACUCGAAUCUCUAACUCAGUUGUAUUGUAUCUGGGACGAAGAACAUGUUGUAGAAUCAAUUUUUAUCGAAGCAAAGAACCUUAGAAAUAUUCGAUUUAGGGAAACAGAUUACAUUGGAACUAAUAAUAAAGAUGAUAAUGAUGAUGAUAAUGAUGAUGAAGAAGAUGAUAAAUUAGUUACGUGCAUUGGAAUGUUUUCCUAUUUCGACAGAGAAGGUAAUUUCUGUGAAGAGCAACAGUAUGACGAGUCUUACAGCUUUAGUUAUGAGAUAAGAUAUAAAGCACCUCAUUUCAUGAAGCAAUUCAUCCGACAUUAUGACAACGAUAGAUUGGAAUCUAUAGUUUACGAUGGUGAUGGUUUUGAGAUACAAGCAAAGAAGUUGCUCGAAACACUGGAACAACAAGAGUUCAAAUCGAUCAAAUCAUUAAAAUUGAAAAUCAUCUCCGCUGAAAUCGAAAUACCAAUGGUAAACCAUGAUCAACUCACAAACAACAUUAUUAAUCUUUAUAGUUUUAAACCAAAUGAUGACAAAGGAUCGAUCAUUUUUGAAUAA